AUGGUUGAUGCUCUCACAGUAGGUAAGUCUAUCAAUGCUGCCAACACACUCCAUAGUGAUAGCUGUUUCAUCUGUGCUAGUCCUAUGCACUUGGCACAGAACUGUCCAUCCUUACCGACCUUUGUUGAGUCUUUGAUGGAACAAGUGCACGCUUUCAAUGAUUAUAGUAAGCAAGCAAAUGGACCUUUCUCUGAGACCUACAAUCCUAGGUGGCGAAACCACCCUAAUUUCUCUUGGAAGCAGAAUCAACCCAUGAAUCAGGGAGGAGCCACACAUCAUGCCCAAAAUCAAUACCCUCCCAAAUUUCAUAAUCAGGGUCAUUUAGCUCAACCAGCACCAGUAUACCAACCAACCACUCAAGUGCCAACCUCUUCUUCACAAUCCAUUCUGGAGGAAUCUCUCAAGGCCUUUAUGCAGAUUACAUGCAAAUCUUUUAGUGAAGUGAAGAAUACCACCAUGGUGAACAACCAAGCCAUUGCCAAGCUGGAGGUUCAGAUGGGUGAAAUGGCUAAUCACUUGGGUGAGAGAGAGAAUGGAAAGCUCCUUAGUCAGCCCGUGCCCAAUCCGAAGUUACAAUUUGGUGGGGGAAGUUCUUCAAAUCUUCCAGAUAGGCAGGAGCAUGUGAAAGCUAUUGUCACAUUGAGGUCUGGGAGACAAGUGGACAAUCAAGUGAUUCUUCUUGAAAAGAACCCAGCUGUGUCUCAAGGGCAAGAUAGUGGCAACAAUGAGGAGAGAGAUGUGGAACCAUCUAAAACCACACCCAUCAUUGAGGAUCCCCCUAGGUCAUUUGUGCCUAAGGCACCAUACCUAGACAGAUUACAAGCGCCUAAGAAAGGAGGGAAGUUUGAGGACAUUCUUGAGGUGUUCAAAGAAAUUCAAAUUAAUAUCCUAUUUUUGGAUGCCAUACAGCAAGUGCUGUCUUAUGCCAAGUUCUUGAAGGACUUGAUUACAGUUAAGAGGAGAACUAAUGUCCCAAAGAAAGUUUGUUUGACCGAGCAGGUUAGCUCAAUCCUUCAGUGCAAGCUCCCCAUUAAGUACAAGAAACCUGGGUAUCCUACUAUCUCUUGCCUGAUAGGAGUCAGCAGAAUUGAGAAGGCCUUAUUAGAUCUUGGAGCAAGUGUAAAUCUCUUACUCUAUUCAGUCCACCUACAAUUGGGGUUAGGAGAAUUGUAG